CUUGAUUACACAGAUUUGUAUUAGAUUUUCUGUCAGUUUUUGAGGAGAUAAAAAAAAAAUCAAAUUUAACAAUAAUGUCAAAUGAUAACAUUAAGUUUCAUGAUGGUUUUAAAUUUAGAUACAAGUCAACAACAAAUAAUAUCAGGUACUUUGAUUGUUGUCAACGGGGUUGUAAGGCACGAGGGAAGAUAUCUGAUACAAGUGGCUUCAUCAUACUCAAUGGCAAACACAAUCACAGUGUGGAUAAUAAUGCUGAAAACAUUGAUAAAUUUAAAAAAACACUUCGUCAUGACGUACAAUCGUCUAUGAAGAAAAGUAGACAGAUUUAUGACGAGGUGGCAUUAAACAAUUUUGCUGCUGCAUCUCAAAAGCCAUUCGUGAGUAUUGAUCGGAGCAUGAGGAGAUGGAGGUCGGAGAUAUGUCCUCGACGUCCUGAAUCUCUCCGUGAAUAUGCAUCAAUGCUAAAUUCAGAUGAAUGGAAACAUCUUCUUCAAUAUAAUGAAGGCCAUCUUACUGUAACAUCACAAGAAUGUCAAGAUGAUGAUGGAAAAAGUUUUGAUGUUGUUAAUAUUACUAAUAUUGAAUUAUUGCAAACAAUACAAUCAACAGAAUUUUGUGUAGAUGCUACGUACAACGUUUGCCCCAGAUACUUAGGGAAUUUACAGCUGUUAACCAUAAUGGCUUUAAUACACAAUACGUUUGAACCAAUUUUCUGGGCUCUGAUGCCUCGUAAAAUUCAAGCAGCAUAUGAAACAGUACUUAAUCAAUUUGCAAGGUGGACACCUAAUAUACAAGCACAGAUCUUUCAUACCGAUUAUGAAGCUGCUCUAUCAAACGCUAUUCACGUAGUAUUUCCAAAUGUUACAAUUAUUUAUUGUUAUUUUCAUUUUCUCUAUAAUUUGCUCAAAAAUUUAAAAUUAAAAAUAGGAAAAAGGCAAAUGGACAUACUUCGUGGUUGGAACCAGGGCAAAACAUUUUAUAGAAAAUUAAUGGCUUUGCCAUUAUUUCCUCAAGAGGAUAUUGCUGUAGCUUUAAAUUGGAUUGAAUCACAUGCCACACCCAGGCAAAAUACCUUUUUUUCUGGUCUUCUGGCAUAUAUUAAAAAAACAUGGAUUAGAAAUAUUGGAGUCCAAAAAUUUUGUGUUUUUAAAAUUCGUAAACGUACCAACAACCCAAUUGAAAGUUACCAUUGCCAGUUGAGACAAAAAAUUGGUUCACGUCCCUUGAUUUGGGAGUUUACAAGUGGAUUAGUAAAAGUUCAAUCUGUUACACAUUGUGAAAUAAUAUCCCUUCAAAACAAUGAAGCAGUAAGACGUCCACCAGAACGUCGUUAUAAAAUUCAUGAAGAUAUUUUAGAUAGAGCAUGGGAAUUGUAUGAAAAUGGAGAAUUUGAUAUACCAAAAUUUUUAUCAUGCGCAAAUCAUUUUUUGCGAGGAUUCAAUAAUAAAUUGAUUAUUGAAGAUAUUGAAAGUGUUGAUUAUUUUACAUAUGCACCAAAACACGAUCUUAACGUGGUACCUCCAGUAGAGAGGAUAGAAGUAAUUCAAUUUGGACCAGAUGUUGGUAGACUCCCUAUAAUUCCUCAUACAUAUAGUGUUUACAGAGAAGUAUUAUUAUUUGAAAAUUUGGAAAAUUCCUUGUGUCGUUUUUGUAAAAAUGAAAUCGCUGAUUACAUUACGAUACCUUGCCAUCAUUGGUAUUCAUGUAUAAAUUGUAUUGACUCAAUCAGAAUUAUGUGUGAACGUGAAAAACAAUCUCUACGUUGUUUAUGCACUACAACAAUCACAGCAUUUACAAGAGUUCAGGUUAGUUGA